AUGAGACGCUCCCUGCUGAAGCUCUUCCAGGGCAGGGAGAAGGCGGCGGAUCCGGACACCUACCACGGCGUCGUGUGCGAAGCGGACGCCGCCUCAGUCGCCUCGCAGGACGUCUUCAAGGUGAUUUCAGAUGGAAGUACUUGCAGAUUACGGAGUUUCAUUAAGAAGAAUCGUUCUGGACUUAGCAAAGUGGAUGAACUACAUGCCACUCCAUUGCAUCAUGCAGCAGAAGGAGGUCAAAUUGAAUUGAUGCAGAUGAUAAUAGAUGAUUCUUCAUAUGAAGUAUUAAAUGUGACAGACUCUUCUGGAAAUACCCCACUUCAUUGGGCUACAAAGAAAAACCAGAUUGAGAGUGUUAAAUUACUUCUUAGAAAAGGAGCUAACCCAAACAUCCUGAACUCCAAUAUGAUGGCUCCUCUACAUAUGUCUGUGCAGUCCCUUCAAAAUGAAAUAGUUAAGAUAUUGGUUCAGCACAGCAGUACAGAUGUUAAUUUAGAAGGAGAAGCUGGGAACACACCUAUAAUUGUAGCAUGUUAUAAAGAUAAUCCUGAAGCCCUGACACUUUUGAUUGAAAAUGGGGGAAAGAUAUGUAAACCAAACAAAACUGGAUGUAUGCCUAUCCAUGCAGCUGCAUUUUCCGGUGCAAAAACAUGUAUGGAAAUACUUUUAAAGAAAGGUGAAGAAUUAGGCUAUUCUGCUAAAACUCACAUCAAUUUUACCAAUAAUGGAAAGUGCAGUCCCCUUCAUCUGGCAGUUCAAAGUGGAGACUUGGAAAUGAUUAGAAUGUGCAUUGAAGUCGGAGCACAAAUUGAUCUAAAACAGAAUGAAAAAUGCACAGCACUUCAUUUUGCUGCCACUCAAGGAGCAACUGAGAUUGUUAAAUUAAUGAUGUCCUCGUAUGCUGGUGAUGAGUCUCUUAUCGAUGCUGUAGAUGGGAAUAAGGAAACAUUGCUUCAUAGGACAGCAUUGUUUGAUCAUUAUGAACUGGCAGAAUAUUUGCUUUCCAUGGGUGCAAAUAUCAAUAGUAUUGACACAGAGGGUCGGUCACCACUUCUGUUGGCUACUUCUUGUGCAUCAUGGAAAAUUGUUAAUUUACUACUCUCAAAAGGAGCAAAUGUAUCAUUAAAAGAUCAACUUGGUCGGAAUUUCUUGCAUUUGACUGUCCUGCAACCUGGAGGACUACAACAUUUGAAUGAGACCUUUCUGCAGAUGAAACAUAUUAAAGAACUUGUGGUAGAUGAAGACAAUGAAGGGUGUACUCCCCUACAUUAUGCAUGUAGACAAGGGGUUGCCCUGUCUGUAAACAAAUUGCUGAACUUGAAUGUUUCCAUCUAUUCUAAAAGUAGAGACAAGAAGUCCCCCCUGCAUUUUGCAGCUAGUUAUGGGCGAAUUAACACCUGUCAGAGACUUCUAAGAGACAUGGAAGACACAAGGCUUUUGAAUGAAGGUGAUAGGAAGGGAAUGACUCCCCUUCACCUGGCAUCCCAAAAUGGUCAUGAGAAGGUUGUACAGCUCCUUCUGAAGAAAGGAGCCCUUUUUCUCUGUGAUUAUAAAGGCUGGACAGCCCUGCACCAUGCUGCCUUUGGAGGAUUCACACGCACAAUGCAGAUAAUUUUAGAUACUAAUGCGAAAUGUACAGACAAAGUGGAUGAAGAAGGGAACACAGCUCUGCACCUUGCUGCAAGAGAAGGACAUCCAAAAGCAGUGAAACUACUUCUUGACCAUGGUGCCAAGAUACUUUUGAACAAAGCAGUAGCUUCUUUUUUUCAUGAAGCAAUACACAGUAGGCAAAAAGAUGUUGUAUCUGUGAUCAUUCUGAAUAAAAGAUGGGAAGAAGCUGUGACAACAUUUUCGCACUCUUGUAGUGCCAAUAAGUGUCCUUUGUUGGAGAUGGUUGAGUACCUUCCUGAAUCAUUUAAGUUGGUUUUGGACAAUUGCAUGUCUGAGUCUUCAGAAGAAAAGACAAACCGGGACUUCUACAUUGAAUAUAACUUCAGGUAUCUUCAGUGUCCUCUAACUCUUAGGAAACCAAAGGGAGAUGAAGAAAUUGAAUACGAACCACUUACCAUUCUAAACGCCAUGGUACGCCAUAACUGUAUGGAGCUUCUCAGUCAUCCUGUAUGUAAAGAAUAUUUGCUCAUGAAGUGGAUGGCAUAUGGGUUUCGUGCACAUCUUAUGAACUUGGGCGUAUAUUCUCUUGGUCUCAUUCCACUCACUCUUCUGGUCACCAACAUAAAGCCAAGAAAGACUUUAAAUGGAAGCGAGACCUAUAAUUCAGGACCAUUAGUAUCUGAGGAAUCAUACUUUAUAAGAGUAUGCAUGUGCUUAGUAUUAAUCAUGAGUUUAUUGGGAAUAUGCAAAGAAAUAUUUCAACUCAUUCAACAAAAAUUGAAGUAUUUAUUGGACUACUCCAACCUGCUGGACUGGACAAUUUAUACUACAAGCAUUAUUUUUGUGUCGUCACUAUUUGCUACCAUCCCUGGUCACUUGCAGUGGGAAUGUGGAGCAAUUGCUGUAUACUUAUCUUGGAUGAACUUCUUGCUUUAUCUUCAAAGAUUUGAAAACUAUGGAAUCUAUGUGGUGAUGUUCUGGGAGAUACUGAGGACUUUGAUUCGGAUUGUUGUUGUAUUCUUUUUCCUGAUAUUGGCCUUUGGACUCAGCUUUUUUGUUCUUUUGGGUUCACAGAAAACGUAUAGCAGUCCACUCCUUUCUGUAAUGAAGACAUUUGCUAUGAUGCUAGGAGAUAUUAAUUAUCAUGAUGCUUUCCUUGGUCCAUUGCUAAGUAAUGAAUUGCCUUAUCCCUUCCUGAGUUAUACAGUUCUUAUUAUCUUUACCCUGCUUAUUCCAAUUCUACUUAUGAACUUGCUGAUUGGUUUGGCUGUUGGAGACAUUGCUGAGGUGCAGAAAUACGCUGCACUCAAAAGGAUCGCAAUGCAGGUCAAUCUUCACACAAACUUAGAGAAGAAGCUGCCAUAUUGGUUCCUAAGUCGGGUAGACCAGGAAUCAAUCACUGUGUAUCCAAAUAGGCCACGAUACUGUGGGUUUAUGAGUGUGUUCCAGUAUUGCUUUGGCUGUGAAGACAAUACCACAGAUACACACAGCACUGACUCCACUUUAGAACUGGAAGUUCUAAAGCAGAAAUACAGGCUUAAAGAUAUAUCAACACUCUUGGAAAGGCAGCAUGACCUUAUUAAGUUGAUCCUACAAAAAAUGGAAAUAGUAUCAGAAGCUGAGGAUGAAGACAGUAAUGAUUUAUUUCAACAAAAUUUUAGGAAACAGCAGUUAGAAAACAGGAACAGUAAAUGGGAUACUGUUUUAAAAGUUGUAAAAUCAAAAGGAGCCUAA